AUGAUGCAAGCUGUCCUCUCCACUUACAUGCUGAAGUACACCAUCUCCCCCGAUUUCUCACUAGGUUGGUUAGCCAAUGGCUUCCCUACAGAGGUGGCAUUAGCUGAAAAAGUUGUGGAGGCCCGACAUUAUGUAUUGGAUCAGUACCGCUUCAUAGCCUUCAACAUCAAAAGAGAUCCCACAUGGAGAACACACACGAGAUUAUCAACCUUUAAGGAUAUGAUAGUCAACACCAGCCUCACGGAAUGUGCAUAUCGAGGAUGCAUAGUAAACUUAAAGGAGGUCGAAUUGUCCGAGAUGAUUAUGCUCAUCGAGGACAAAGUCCCAUUGCAUUAUCAGUGGUUUCCUAUGGAUGUCAGCCCCUUCAACCCUCGAUCGCUCAAGGCUAGUGAUUACGACAAUCAUUCAGAGGAAAUAACCUGGGAGAAACAUUUCAUCCUCGACUUGUCAAAUGUUCUUACUUUCUAUCGAGUCAGCAGCGGCGGGAACAAGGUCGCAAUUUCUAGGAGAGAAUUCAGACAUUGGGCGUAUUGGUGCCCGACAAUGCGUCAGAAAUUACCCUCAGGUGUUUCCUAUUUGCUCUUCCAGGACGUGCAACACACCGAUGACGGUCUCACAAUUGAUGUGGAGGACAUACAACACUCCGACCCUGAUCCUGACAGUCCCACAGUUAUUGAUGUAGACGCAUUAUCUGACUAUUCUUCUGACGAUGAAUGGGAACCGAUGGAGCUUGGAGCCCAGGAGAUGUCGCUGUCAGGAGUGACACUAGGCGUUGCUACUACGGCGCUCUCUCAGACCUCGGAAAACUGGCAACUCACCCCACACGAACAACCAACAAAUGAGUCAGCGGCUUCCCUGGAUGCUGUCAUGUCCCCGCCAUCUGCAAUAGAGCAAACUAAAUCACUCGAAACUACCUCACUAGACAAGAUACACAGUGUUGUGACUUCUCCACCCACACCAGUGCCCCAAGUGUUGUCUCAACUGGCAAUAGAAUUGAAAUUCAGCAGGCCACCGGUCAUGUUGCCUGGUAUCAAUUUCCCCACUAUCAUUGCGACCCAGUGUACGGGAAAAUUAAUCACCAUGUUUGUCAAUCCUCGAGCUGGCCCAGAGGAUUCCAUUCCAAUCCUGCUCAGAUCCGGAGCACCCUACUGUGUUCUCUCGCCAUUGGGAACUGCUAUAGCUCCCCACCUGCUCAUUGAUCAACCGCCCUACCUAGCCACUUGUCAUGAGUAUACAGGCUUAGAUCUCUGGGACCCUGAUUACUGGGUCAACUACAAAAAGAAUGUCAAAGAAUUGCUUGGCAGACCGUAUGCUCGUCGCUUUUUGUCGCUCAGUGGAAUCCUAUGGCAUUUAGCUGUUCAGUUCGGUCCAGCUGACCUCAUUGAACAUGCUAUUGCAGGGCCCUCCUUGGAUGCUACUAACUGGGCAAGCGGGGACAUGUCGGAUGUCUCAGAGGAUCUGAAAUGUGCUGGCCCCCCUAUGAUCUUUGGGAUGCAUCCACUGGGUGGACAGGGUGCUGGUCUGACGAUAACGAGUCGUGGUUCCAAUCACACCUCUCCAGUCUCUCAGAUGGUAGACUCGACACUUCAAAAAGUUGCCAAGUUUGGAGAAAACUCUUUAAGCCAGCUCUGGGAGUCAUGUCGCAAGAUCCAGCCCAUUGUGGGGCUGACCCAUUCACUCCUGCUGUGUUCGGUAAUUUGGGUCAUUCUGUAG